AUGCACAAACUCGGCGAAACUUUCACCGACUUCCAGACUCGCACUUAUUCAAUAGUUUCACUUUGUGAGCAAUGGCGCACACUUCAGGGUUCUUUCGCUAAGGUCCACAAUUCGCUCGAGGAGCGUGUCAAGGAUGUCGAGGCCAAGGAAAGGAACAUUGAUAUGACUAGAAACAAGUUACAUAAUUUAGGAAAGGAGGUUGAGUUAUGGAAGAAGAAGUUGGAUUCGGAGGAGAAGUCGUUGCGCGAGAGAAUCAACGGUGUAGGGUUGAGAGAAAAGGAAGUGAGAGAGUUACGUGAGUCAUUGGAGUUGGAGAAGAGUUUGCUUGGUGAACGGUGUAAGGCGGUGGAGGUGGGAAAAAAGCGGAAUGCGGAGGGUUUCGAGCGGGUUAAGGAGCAGAUGAAGGAGGUGGAGGAGAGGGAGAGGGCGGUUAAGGACCGGGUUGAGGAGAUGGAGUUGAUGGCGAAGGUGAUGAGUGAGCGAGGCGAAGCAUUGGAUGCCAAAGAGAAGGAGUUGAGUAUGAAGGAGAGUGUGUUGGAACAAAAUAAGGUAAAGUUGGAGGAGGAUAUGAAUGACAUGGAUGAGUUGUACUUUGCACUCUAGCGUACGGAAAAGGAGAAUAAUGAGCAAAGCUCAAUGUUAAAGUCUAAAGAGAAGAUGUUAGGGUUGAAAGAGAAGGAGAUUGAUGAGCGUUGUGAAAUGUUAGAGGCGAAAGAGAAGCGAAUGUUAGAGGAUGCAAAAGCUAUGGAGUUGGUUCGAAAGCAAUUGGAUGAGCGGUCUAUACAGAUGGAAUUGAAGGAAAAGGAAAUUGAGGAGCGAUUCCUUGCAGUGGAGGCUAAGGAGUUGGUAGGAAGGGAUG